AGCUUAGCGCUCGGCCACACCAUGCCGUGCAUCGCAUGAUUAUGAUUGCAUAAUGAUGAUCGUGACCGCCCGAUCCCUUCAGCUUACUUGAAUCCACUGCGGUUUCAUACAGACACCGGCAUGGGCGUUCCGGGAUCAAAUAGGAAGCUGGAUGUGGACGUCAGUGCCCCAGUCUAUCUCUGGCUUGGAUCCUUGGCAUGGGAGGAACCACGCUCGCUCGCUUGCAACCUGCUAUUCGUACGUAAGAGUUUCGAGUCGCAGUCCACCUGCAGUGCUCAAAGCAUCCGGUGAGGCCGAACCAGGUGACAUCGGUAACACCGACGGUGACGAUGACGGUGAGGCAUCUUGACGAAUGGAGGGCUUUGCGGUGUAGCUGUUCCAGCUCCAGCACCCCAACUCAUCCAUGCGAACUUGAAAGCCUGUGGAUCCAAUUGCUCGAUUGCCAUUGCAUGUGGUCUCGCGAACUAGAAUUUCCACGGUUAUCCGGACGUGAGCAGCUGAAUCUGCCCGCACGACGACGGUCCACUGACGACCGAUGCCCCUGGCUGCUUGAGGUUGGCGGCCCAGCACGGCCAUCGAGAUUGCCUCCAACCCAAUCAUUACACUCCUCGCAACCACGCGCUCUCAUAGGCAGAGGCAGCCCCUUAUCUUUGAGUCAAGCAGCUUGCGUACGAUCUCGGAUCCAGCGACGAUGGAAUUUUGGAAGGAUAAUUUUCUCUUCCAACCUUUGGCGUGUGCAUAGGGGCGAGAGGAGCAUCGUCGCAUAUCAUAUCUGGCCGUCACUGGUCGCGGACUGAAAGGGGGAAGGAAACGAAAGAUAUCAAGCAGACCGCAUUAACGUCAAUCUAUGGAUGGUAUAUUCAU